UUUACGUUACAUGUUGCAACUAUGAUUUGUUGUACGUAAAUUGAACGAUACUUUGUAGUAUCUGAAUGAUUUAUAGCAUGUAUUAUUUUACGGCUUAAGGAAUUCCGAGCAUGUUUGUUCGGAAAACGUGCUAUAUAUGAUUAACGUUGUAAACAGAGAUGUUGGUUUAGUUCUGGUAAUGAAAGGUAUAUGUAAUUUCCUUGUUUUGUAUCAUCUUUUUAUGGUGGAAUGGUCAGUCUUAACAGAGAUUUAAAUACGUCAGGCAGUGGAGCUGUAUUUUUUGAUUCGCCUUAUAACAUGGAAGAAGAAGACCCUCAUCUACACAUAUUAACUUCAGAAGAAGUAUAUUUUAAAAAAUUGGAUACUAUACCAAUUGUGUCUGUUUCCCUUAUAUUUAGUGUGUCUCUAGAAAUUAUUGGGAUUAUAUUUAUAUCUGUGUGGCCUGAAGAAAAAAAUAAAUGUGAUACAUAUUUUAUAUACUUGUAUCUUCACUGUGCAUACUGGCUGAUAAUUAUGUUGACAGAUCAUUUUGUAAAAGCAAAGCAUCACAAACUCCGUAUUUAUGGGUAUCUUGAUUUUUACCGAUCGACAUAUCAGCAGAUAAGGACACCUCUUUUCAUAGCGUCAUUAUGGAUAACGUGUUAUCUAUUAUUGGCUGUGAUUUUGCAUCACACGCAUAAAGUUAAUUAUGAACAAUACUGUCAUGCUUCAGAAUGGUUCACUCCUCUAAAUUACAUAGUGUUGUUGACCACAGUAGAACUUACAAUUAUUAUAUCAGUUUAUAUACAUUACAUUAGAAAAGUUUUGCGAUUCAAUCGAUUACGUCCUCCAGCUGAUGUUGCUAGAGAAGAAUGGACAUCUUCUUUUACUCAAGAUACAUAUGCAGGUAGCAGUGAAGUAGGUUGCUAUCAUAGGAGAUCUAAUUUGGAAGAAUUGCUUGAAAUGCAGGCUGAUUUAAUAAGAUAUUUAAGAGAUCGUAAUGAUAAAUUCGGUCAUGCAAUAAUGUUGUUCGCAGCUCAACGUAGUUUACCUGAAACAUAGGGUUGUGCCCUAUAUAAAGUACAAACUUAAGGUAAAGCUUUCUCAUUUUUAUUUGUGGACUAUAGUUGAAAGAAACAUCUUUAUAUUUUAUGGAAUUCAACUUGUUUUUAUUGUUGAUAUCUCUUUGUUGGUUCUUUCAUUAUAUAUACAAUAUAUAAAGAAUACACUAAUUUUUAAUAGUAAUCAUAACCUGUUACAUUUUUACUUGUAUCUAAGGUGUGUAAUACAUAUUAAUAUUUAGAAGUUCUCAUACACAAAUUACUUUUGCAUUAAUUUACAUUAGUUUGAAUUGAAGUUAUAUUUUAUCAAUAUUGUUACGAUUAAAAGAGAUAUCAUAUAACAAGAAAUCAAAAAUAAUUUCUGUGAUAAAAAAUGUAUAUCUCCAAUUCAAUAAAGUAUAUUUUUUUUUCAA